GUUGGCUGCACGUGUAGCACAUCGUAUUGAUGAACUUAGUGGUCUCCCUGCAACAAUGGCAGAAGACUUGAAAAUGAAAGCACAGAUUGAACUUCGUGCACUGAGGCUCCUGAACUUCCAAAGACAGUUACGAGCUGAGGUGGUAAGUUGCAACAGGAAGGAUACAACAUUGGAAACAGCCAUCAAUAUCAAGGCAUACAAGAACAAGCGACAAGGCCUGAGGGAGGCCCGCAUCACAGAGAAGCGAAAGCAGCAGAAGCUGGAGGCUGAACGCAAGAAGAGGCAGAAACACCAGGAGUACCUCAAUGCUGUGUUGCAGCAUGGCAGGGAGCUCAAGGAAUUCCACCGCCAGAACAACCAGAAGAUUGGCAAGCUGAACAAGGCUUUGAUGAUGCACCACAUGAAUGCCGAGAGGGAAAAGCAGAAGGAACAGGAGCGUAUAGAGAAAGAACGUCUGCGCCGCCUCAUGCUGGAGGAUGAAGAAGGUUACCGUAAGCUCAUUGACGAAAAGAAGGAUAAGCGUCUUGCCUACCUCCUCACGCAGACGGACGAGUUCAUAGCCAACCUGACAGAGAUGGUCAAGGCUCACAAGGAAGAUCAGCGUCUCAAGCACAAAGAGGAGAGAAAGAAAGCGCGUGAAGAGAGGAGGCGAGCCAGAGAGGUUUCUGGUGCUGAAGGGGAAGAUCCUCAACAGACACGUAUCCCUGUUAUUGAGAGCACGGGAGCAAUAAUGAGUGGCAUGCAAGCACCAACAGCAGCAACCCUAGAGGUGUUCUUGGCCUCCAACCCUGGCUGGGAGGUGCUGCCUGAAGAGGACACAGAGUCGUCUGAUGAAGAGGAAGAGAAGAUGGAUAAUGAAGCAGAGAAGAAGGAAGAGAAAGAGAAGGAGAAGGCACCUGAAGGGGAAACUAAGCCAGAUGUCAAGAAAGUGGAGGAUGAUGAAUACAGGGAUGUCACAGGAGAAAAGAACUACUAUUCCAUUGCACAUACCAUCAAGGAAACGGUCAAAGAGCAAGCCACUAUCAUGGUCAAUGGCAAGCUCAAGGAAUAUCAAAUCAAGGGUCUGGAGUGGUUGGUAUCCUUGUACAACAAUAACCUGAAUGGUAUUCUGGCUGAUGAAAUGGGUCUGGGUAAGACCAUUCAGACCAUUGGCCUUAUCACGUACCUGAUUGAAACCAAGAAAAACAAUGGGCCAUACCUUAUUAUUGUCCCUCUCUCCACCAUCUCUAAUUGGGCUCUUGAGUUUGACAAGUGGGCCCCAACCGUACAGGUGGUUGUGUACAAAGGAUCACCUCAAGUGCGCCGCAUUGUCCAAAGUCAGAUGAGAGCCACAAAGCUGAAUGUCUUGCUUACUACUUAUGAGUAUAUUAUCAAGGACAAAGCUGUGCUCUCCAAACUCCGCUGGAAAUACAUGAUUAUUGAUGAAGGUCACAGAAUGAAGAACCAUCAUUGUAAACUGACACAAACUCUCAACACAUUCUACAAUGCGCCACACCGUCUGCUGCUAACUGGAACACCUCUCCAAAAUAAGCUGCCAGAAUUGUGGGCUCUCCUUAAUUUCCUCCUGCCAUCUAUCUUCAAGUCUUGCUCCACUUUCGAGCAGUGGUUUAAUGCCCCCUUUGCUACAACUGGUGAGAAGGUGGAACUGAACGAAGAAGAAACCAUUUUGAUUAUUCGUCGUUUGCACAAGGUCCUUAGGCCAUUCUUGCUGAGAAGAUUAAAGAAGGAGGUCGAAGCACAGCUGCCCGACAAGGUUGAAUACAUUAUCAAAUGUGAGAUGUCUGGGCUACAACAUGUGUUGUACAGACACAUGCAGUCAAAGGGUGUCUUGCUCUGUGCGGAGGAUAAGAAGGGUAACAAGAGCAACACCAAGGCGCUCAUGAACACCAUCAUGCAGCUACGUAAAUUGUGCAACCACCCCUUCAUGUUCCAGCACAUUGAGGAAGCUUAUUGCAAUCAUAUUGGUUUUGCCGGUGGCAUUGUUCAGGGACCUGACCUGUACCGAGCAUCUGGCAAGUUUGAGCUCCUUGACCGUAUAUUGCCCAAGCUGAAGGCAACCGGUCAUCGUGUACUCCUCUUCUGUCAGAUGACCCAGCUCAUGACAAUCAUGGAGGACUACCUCAUGUUCAAGGGUUUCAAGUACCUGAGACUUGACGGCAUGACAAAGUCAGAAGACCGAGGAGAGCUUUUGAGACUAUUCAACGAGUCUCGGGAAUUCUUCUUGUUCUUGCUAUCCACUCGAGCUGGUGGUCUAGGUCUCAACCUUCAGUCUGCUGACACUGUAAUCAUUUUUGAUUCUGAUUGGAAUCCUCAUCAGGAUCUCCAGGCCCAGGAUCGAGCCCAUCGUAUUGGCCAGAAGAAUGAGGUGCGAGUUUUGAGACUGAUGACUGUAAACACUGUGGAAGAGCGUAUCUUGGCUGCUGCCCGUUACAAACUCAACAUGGACGAGAAGGUCAUCCAGGCUGGUAUGUUCGAUCAAAAGUCUACCGGAUCAGACCGUCGGCAGUUCCUGCAAGCCAUUCUCUCCAAUGACACCAUAGAGGAAGAGGAAGAAGAUGAAGCCCCAGAUGAUGAGACAGUGAACCAGAUGAUUGCUCGUGGUGAAGAGGAGUUCGAAAUCUUCCAAAAACUGGAUACAGAACGGAGGGUGACAGAAGACAAGCCUCGCCUCAUGGCUGAAGAUGAACUGCCAGAAUGGAUGUUGAAGGAGGAAGAUACUGAAGAAGAGGAAGAGGAAGAACAAGAGGAGUUGGGAGACCGCCGAGCCCGAACCAAGAAGGAGGUGGAUUAUUCUGACAGCCUGACAGAGAAGGAGUGGUUGCGAGCUAUUGGGGCAAUGGAGAAUGAUGACGAAGAGGAGGCCAAUGGAAGCAAGAGCAAGCGUGGUUCCAAGGGCAAGAGAAGGAGGAUCGAUGAUGAUGAUGAUGACCCUAAGCCCAAGAAACGGGGUCGACCGGCGAGGGAGAAACCUGGCCCCAAGAACAAACGACUGAUUAAGCAGCUUAAGCGUCUGAUGGACAUAGUCAUCAAAUAUGAAGACAGUGACGGAAGGGUACUUAGUGAGCCCUUCAUGAAGCUGCCUUCACGUAGGGAACUUCCAGACUACUACGAGGUGAUCAAGAGGCCCAUGGAUAUUCGCAAGAUACUCAACAAGAUAGAGGAAGGAAGGUAUGAAGACUUGAAUGAUGUAGAGAGUGAUUUCAUGCUUCUGUGCCGCAACGCUCAGGAAUAUAACGAAGAAGCAUCAAUUAUUUAUGAAGACUCCAUAGUCAUGCAGAGUGUGUUCCUCAAUGCCCGUGAACGCAUUGAGACAGAGGCUGAUAACCUCCCAGAGGAAGAAGAUGAUGACGAUGAUGAGGAAGAGGAGGAGGAAGUAAGGCCCAAGAAGGGAAAGAAAAGCAAAGGAGACAAGGGGAGAGGACGAAAGAAAAGAGUGAAAUAUGCCGAUGAUUCAGAUGAUGAUGAUGAUGAUGAUGACGAUGACGUGAGUAAGAAGGAAGUAGAUGAAGUGAUCAAGUGUCAUCAGGUUGCAGAUGCAAGAAAGGAGUCCAAAAUAUGGACAUUAGGCUUACUUGAGGGGCCUCUGGCAAGUGUGUGGCUUGUAGGCCAGGCACACAUGAACACUAUAUGCCGAAAUUCUCUUGACAGGAACUUGGCCUUCAGCCAAAAUUUCCAUGACCGCAAGUCCAUGUCACCCUUCACUCUAGCCAAUUUGUUUUUUGACAUGACAUCAUCCAGAUUAGCACCAGGAGAGUUGACAAUAGAAGAAACUCCACACAAAUAUGAAAAUAGCUGGCACAUAGCUAUAUCAUCCCUUAUUCUGAAUAUGACAGCAAAAAUUAGAACUGCAUUUCUAAGACCCAGUGUGCCUGCAGUAGCAUGUGUCUGUACUUUGUAUUUUUCAGUUCUGAUUGUUGAUACAUUAUCAAGGAUCACUUGCUUUGCAUUCUUGCACAAAUUUUGUAACCAACUGCAAGUAUUACUAAACUCUAUUGUAUUUAUUCAUGCAUGGUCAUACACCUGGACUAUCAUGUUCAAAAGGGUAAAGAUGAAAGACAUGAAAGUACUGAGGAAGAACAGUACAUGGGAUCAGAAAAAGCAAAUUCAUCUAGAGUCAGGAAAUGGCUGCAAUAAGACAGCCAACAAUUUUCUUCUCAAGAACAUAAAAGAAGACCUUUGUGUUUUCUUUCACACGGAUCCCAUUUUCAGCAAAGCCCAGCUCUUGGUCAACUAUCUCUCUUAUCUCCUCCACUUUACGCCAGCAAUGCUGAGGGGUGUUGAGAAAGCUAUUAUGAUGCUCCUCAUGAGAAGCUUCAUCUUCAGGAUUGCCAAUCUCAUAUAUAAUGCCACAGACAUUGCACUGCUUGGCCCCAAACUCCUUUGUCCUGCAUCAUCAUCAUUUGGGAUCCAUCACUUUUUCUCAUUUUUAUCUGCUACAGAGACCUUGUCAGAGAGCCGACGCUUGGGAUCAAAUAUUGAAAAGAAUUUCCCUUUCUGUGGGCUGCUUUUACUGGGUGACCUUUUCAGUGCUCUGCUUGGUGAUCCCUGUGGGGUGCUGCCAGAAAUCGGCUUCCUUGGAGAUCUUCUUGGGAUAGUGGGUGGAGCUACAGAUUCUCUAGGUCAAUAUAGUCUAAAAAUAGAUUCAGUACACAGAAUAUUGGACCACUCAGCAACAACCAAAAUCAAAUGGAAUUAUGAUGCUAAACACGCACCAUUACUCAGAGUGACUCCAGUGGCUUCAGUGGACCUUGGUGGAGAGACUGCAGCAAAGCUAGCAGACAUUGGAGACUUCUUGAUGGGUUCUUCCUCAUCCAAGAGUUUGAUUGGUGGAGAUCGCCGGGGAGUUGUCAGCACCCCACAGUCAGGCACCAUGGGAGUCAUUGUGCAACUCUCCUGUUACAAUGUACCCAAAAAUCCGGAGUUCAUGGCAGACGCAGCUCGUAUUCAGAAGGAGGAGCAGAAGAAGAUUGAUGAAGCAGAACCAGUUACAGAAGAGGAGAUGGAGGAGAGGGACCAGCUCCUGACACAGGGUUUCCUCAACUGGAGCAAGCGUGACUUUAACCAGUUUAUUAAGGCGAAUGAGAAGUAUGGACGUGAUGAUAUUGAGAACAUUGCUAAGGAAGUGGAAGGCAAGACACCAGAGGAAGUCAUGGAAUACUCUGCUGUGUUCUGGGAACGGUGUUCUGAGCUCCAGGACUGCGACCGCAUCUUGGCACAGAUUGAGAGAGGAGAAGCCAAGAUCCAGAGAAGAGCCUCUAUCAAGAAAGCUUUAGAUGCUAAGAUGGCACGGUACAGGGCACCAUUCCAUCAGCUGCGAAUUUCUUAUGGAACCAACAAGGGCAAAAAUUAUACCGAGGAGGAAGACAGAUUCCUUGUUUGUAUGCUUCACAAGCUUGGUUUUGACAAAGAAAAUGUUUAUGAGGAGUUACGAGCAGCUGUAAGGUCAGCACCCCAGUUCCGCUUUGAUUGGUUCAUCAAGAGCAGAACAGCUUUGGAACUGCAGCGUCGUUGCAACACACUCAUCACUCUUAUCGAACGCGAGAACCAGGAACUGGAGGAAAAAGAACGGGCGGAGAGGAAGAAGGGCCGACCGAAGGGACUAUAUGUGAAGUCUGGGAAGAGAGGCAUUGGCACACAGGACGGCAGAGGGAGGAGAAAGAAGAAGGUGGCUGAAUAAGGGGGGUAAGGGAAAAAGGGGAUAGGGUCAGGGGGGAGGUACUUUUUUUUAUCUAUUUAUUUUUUUUCUAUUUGGAGGGGGUGGGCAUUGGGGGUUGAAUGAUUAAAUUUGUAGAGAUUUAAGAUUUUUUAAAUAUUAAAAUAGAAAAGAAAAAUAAAAUGACUGAUACUCUCUCGUACUGGAAUACAUUCUUUGUGGGUGGAUUACCUUAGGCAGGAAUAGAAGAGAUUUCUGAGACCUUUCUGUUUACAUGUGUAAGCAAAAUUGGAGAAAUGUGAAUUCAGCAGACUUAAAGUGACACGCAUACAGGUGCAUCAUUCCUCAAGCUUUACAGGAAAAAGGAAUAUGUAUUUUCCUACAUUUAUGAAUGUAUCUUCCCCAAAAAUGCUCUGUUACCCAGGUACUUGGGUAUAAAAACAUGUCUUACCUUCUAAGAAAUUUGUCAUUCGGACUAUGAAGUGACCGGUAACUAAUAUAUACUUAGUUUUUGAUGUUAUGUAGUAAUGUAGAAUUGAUUUUAAGUAGAUAGAAGUGGAGGGCCAUUCAUAAUUCAGAAAGGGGAAACAGUAAGUGUAAUCUAAGGUCAAUUUUUUGUUGAGAUGAAUCACAGUUUUAAUUAAAAUUUUGUUUUUGCCUUUUAUCUGUAAUCUCAGGAAAAAAAAGUAUAUCAAAUCCAAAGACUGGGAGACCAGAUUCAGUUGAUAUUAUGCUGAUAACAAAGAACAAUCCUUUUGCUCAGUGAUAACCAUAGAUGGACAACUGUUUUCUAUGAUAGCAGGUGCUUCAGUUCUUCACUGUGUGUUCCUCUUAAGGGAAGGAUAGUAUUACAUUCCAAACACUGAUACACAUUAGACAAAGGUUACACUGUUGAGAACAUUUGCUCUUUAUAAAAUUGUCUCCAUGUUUGCAGUUUAGGGAUAACAUUCUUUAGGCAGGUAUUAAUAUUUCGCACAAUGACAGGUAUCAUAGAGAUGGAUGAGGUCGGUGUACAUGUCCACAAUUUUAUUCAUUUAACAUUUAGUAUUUUCGUCAUUUUGUAAUAAAAGAAGAACGAUAA